CCCGGCGCCCCGGAUGCGACAGGGCGGCGGCGGUUGCUAGGGCGACGGGAGCGUCAAAGAGCCGCUGGUACUGGCGAUUGGCGACUUAGAACGUUUCCAGUUGCGGGCCUUAACGGCUGGGGUCGUCCUCUUGGGGGUCCCAGGAUGUUCUUUUACCUGAGCAAGAAAAUUGCCAUUCCCAAUAACGUGAAGCUGAAAUGUGUAUCUUGGAACAAGGACCAAGGAUUCAUAGCCUGUGGUGGUGAAGAUGGAUUACUGAAAGUUUUGAAAUUAGAGACACAGACAGAUGAUGCAAAAGUGAGGGGUCUCGCAGCCCCUAGUAACCUUUCUAUGAAUCAAACUCUUGAAGGUCAUAGUGGUUCUGUUCAAGUUGUAACAUGGAAUGAACAAUAUCAGAAGUUGACUACCAGUGAUCAAAAUGGGCUUAUCAUUGUUUGGAUGUUAUAUAAAGGAUCCUGGUAUGAAGAGAUGAUCAACAACAGAAAUAAGUCAGUGGUUCGAAGUAUGAGCUGGAACGCCGAUGGACAGAAGAUCUGCAUUGUGUACGAAGAUGGCGCUGUGAUAGUUGGUUCAGUGGAUGGGAAUCGCAUUUGGGGUAAAGACCUGAAGGGUAUACAGUUAUGCCAUGUAGCAUGGUCUGCAGAUAGUAAAAUCUUACUCUUUGGAAUGGCAAAUGGAGAAAUACACAUUUAUGAUAAUCAAGGGAAUUUUAUAAUGAAAAUGAAACUGAACUGUUUGGUGAAUGUCACUGGCGCGAUCAGUAUUGCUGGAAUUCACUGGUACCACGGCACAGAAGGCUACGUGGAGCCAGAUUGCCCCUGCCUUGCUAUUUGUUUCGACAAUGGGAGGUGCCAAAUAAUGAGACACGAGAAUGACCAAAAUCCUGUCUUAAUGGAUACUGGCAUGUAUGUCGUCAGUAUCCAGUGGAACCACACUGGCAGUGUGUUAGCUGUGGCCGGCUCCCAGAAGGCCGUCACUCAGGAUAAAGAUGUAAACAUCGUGCAAUUUUACACUCCAUUUGGUGAGCACCUGGGUACUUUGAAGGUUCCCGGAAAGCAGAUGUCUGCCCUAUCUUGGGAAGGAGGCGGACUGAAAAUUGCACUAGCUGUUGAUUCUUUUAUAUAUUUUGCAAAUAUUCGACCUGAUUAUAAGUGGGGUUAUUGCUCAAAUACUGUAGUUUAUGCUUAUACCAGACCUGAUCGUCCAGAGUACUGUGUUAUAUUUUGGGAUACGAAAAACAAUGAGAAAUAUGUUAAGUAUGUGAAGAGUCUCAUUUCUGUUACUACCUGUGGAGACUUCUGCAUUUUGGCUACGAAAGCUGAUGAGAAUCAUCCUCAGGAGGAGAGCGAGAUGGAAACGUUUGGUGCACUGUUUGUGUUAGUUCUUUGUAAUUCUAUUGGCACACCCUUGGAUCCCAAAUACAUUGAUAUUGUACCAUUAUUUGUUGCAAUGACCAAAACCCAUGUGAUAGCAGCUUCAAAAGAAGCAUUUUAUAUCUGGCAAUAUCGUGUGGCAAAGAAGCUCACAGCAUUGGAAAUUAAUCAGAUCACGCGGUCUCGAAAGGAAGGGAGAGAAAGAAUUUAUCAUGUUGAUGAUACUCCUUCUGGAUCAGUGGAUGGGGUGCUUGAUUAUAGUAAAGCCAUUCAAGGCACAAGGGAUCCAAUUUGUGCCAUAACUGCAUCUGAUAAAACAUUGAUUGUGGGGCGCGAAUCUGGCACCAUUCAGAGGUACAGCCUUCCUAAUGUUGGUUUGAUCCAGAAAUAUUCCCUUAAUUAUCGAGCCUACCAGUUAUCCUUGAAUUGCAACUCUAGUCGUCUCGCUAUCAUCGACAUCUCAGGAGUCCUGACUUUCUUUGACUUGGAUGCUCGGGUGACAGACAGCACAGGACAGCAAGUCACUGGCGAGUUGUUAAAACUGGAGCGCAAAGAUGUCUGGGAUAUGAAAUGGGCCAAAGAUAACCCUGAUUUGUUUGCAAUGAUGGAGAAGACAAGAAUGUAUGUUUUCAGAAACUUGGAUCCUGAGGAACCCAUUCAGACUUCUGGAUACAUUUGUAACUUUGAGGAUUUAGAAAUUAAAUCUGUUCUUUUGGAUGAGAUAUUGAAGAAUCCAGAACAUCCAAACAAGGAUUAUGUAAUUAACUUUGAGAUUCGGUCCCUGCGAGAUAGUCGAGCAUUGAUUGAGAAGGUUGGAAUCGAAGAUGCAUCUCAGUUCAUAGAAGACAAUCCACAUCCCCGACUUUGGCGGCUACUGGCUGAAGCAGCUCUUCAGAAACUGGAUCUGCACACAGCCGAGCAAGCAUUUGUGCGCUGCAAGGAUUACCAAGGCAUCAAGUUCGUGAGGUGCCUGGGCAACCUGCAGAGUGAGUCCAUGAAGCAGGCGGAGGUUGCUGCCUACUUCGGCCGGUUCGAAGAGGCUGAAAGAAUGUAUCUUGAUAUGGACAGAAGGGACCUUGCUAUUGGCCUCCGGCAGAAACUGGGAGAUUGGUUUAGAGUACUCCAACUCCUGAAAACUGGAUCUGGCGAUGCAGAUGACAGUCUUCUGGAACAAGCCCACAAUGCCAUCGGAGACUACUUCGCUGACCGACAAAAGUGGUUGAAUGCUGUACAAUAUUAUAUACAAGGCCAAAACCAGGAACGCUUAGCCGAAUGUUUUUACAUGUUAGAGGAUUAUGAGGGAUUGGAGAAUCUUGCCAGUUCGCUUCCAGAAAACCACAAGUUGCUUCCAGAAAUAGCACAAAUGUUUGUGAGAGUUGGAAUGUGUGAACAAGCAGUGACUGCGUUUUUGAAAUGUAAUCAACCAAAGGCAGCAGUAGAUACCUGUGUACAUCUCAACCAAUGGAACAAAGCUGUUGAAUUGGCUAAAAAUCAUAGUAUGAAAGAAAUUGGGUCCCUGUUAGCGAGGUAUGCAUCUCAUUUAUUGGAAAAGAAUAAAACUCUUGAUGCCAUAGAACUCUAUCGGAAAGCCAACUACUUUUAUGAUGCUGCUAAACUGAUGUUUAAGAUUGCAGAUGAAGAGGCAAAGAAAAGAACUAAGCCUUUACGUGUUAAGAAGCUCUAUGUACUAUCAGCUUUACUUAUAGAGCAGUACCAUGAACAAAUGAAAAACGCCCAGCGAGGAAAAGUUAAAGGAAAGAGUUCAGAGGCCACUUCUGCUUUGGCUGGUUUGCUGGAAGAAGAAGUUCUGUCGCCAACUAGUCGCUUCACAGAUAAUGCUUGGAGAGGGGCCGAGGCUUACCACUUCUUCAUACUUGCACAGAGGCAGCUCUAUGAGGGAUACGUUGACACUGCAUUGAAGACAGCUCUUCACCUGAGAGACUAUGAAGACAUUAUCCCUGCUGUUGAGAUCUACUCUCUGUUGGCACUCUGUGCUUGUGCCAGUAGAGCUUUUGGUACUUGUUCAAAAGCUUUCAUUAAACUCGAAUCUUUAGAGAGCCUCAGUUCAGAACAGAAACAGCAGUAUGAAGAUCUUGCUCUAGAAAUCUUCACCAAACACACUCCAAAAGAUAACAGAAAAUCGGAAUUGGACAGCCUUCUUGAAGGAGGGGAAGGAAAAUUGCCAACAUGCGUUGCCACAGGAAGCCCAAUCACAGAAUAUCAGUUCUGGAUGUGCAGUGUGUGCAAGCACUGUGUUCUGGCUCAGGAAAUAAGCAGCUACAAUUUCUGUCCUUUAUGCCAUAGUUCAGUGGGAUAAAGAAUGACUAAUUGUGUAUAACUGUAAAAUAUAUGUAUUUUAUAUGAAUAUCAGCAUCAUUAUUUUAUAGUUGUAGUUUUAUACAAAAUUAUAUAUGUAAAUGUGUAUAUAAUACAGAUAUUACAUAUACAUAUAAGUAAUUUUGUGUAAAACUAUAACUAGAAAUAAUGAUGCUGAUUUUCAUAUAAAAUGUAUGGAAAUAAACCUUAUUUUGUAUAUCUAUCUAUCUAUCUAUCUAUCUAGUGGUUGUUUACAUGAUACUAUAGAAAUAUUUCAAAUAAGAAAUGUUUUCUCACAGAAUCAAGAUCACUAAUUCACUAAAAAAUCUUGGCAGGGGACAGGAGAAGCAUGGGAGUGAGGCAAAGCUGUAUCAGAAGGAGCUGAAAUCAUUAAUACUGAAACUUGCUCUAUCACUAGUUGUGUUUAAUUAAAUAAGUAUUGAAUGUCUUCUACAUUUUAUUUUUAGAAGAAGGCAUUUUAAGACAUUUUAAAUAAUUUGAAUUGUUUCUAAUAGCCUUAUUUUUUACAUAGCUUUUUCUUCUUUAUCUACCUUUUUAGUGUCAUCUAAGAGAUGGCAUUUGGCAUUUACUCUUCAUAUUAUUGUGCAGAAAACUUGGCUCUGUUUAUAAUAGUAUAAAUUUAUACAAAAAUAUCUGUUUGUAGUUAUAGUUUCAGCUGAAACGUUGUCACCAAGCUGAACCCUUCAUUUAAAUAAUGCUCAGACUGGGGAAUGAUUCUUCCUUGAUAUGUUUUUCUUUUGAGUUAUCAUUUUUUUUGUUGAGUUAUUAUCAUUAAGAGAAAAAGCUGUGCUCAGUUAUGUUCUUAUCUGUUUCAUAUAGCUAAUAAUGUUCUCCAUUUAUUUCUCAUGAACUUAGGUCCUCUCAUUUUGUAGUUGUAGAUCAGACUCUAGCACUCUUGCAUCAAGACUAUUUGCUUAAAUUUGGCUAAUGUUUAGUAGAGCAAUAAAAAAAGAGAAAUAUGCAACAUUGUUAUUGCAGCUACAAUACUUAGGUUAGUUAACUCUCAAUGUGAUUUUUUUGGCCUUUUAGAGGAAAGUUUAAGUCUGCUGCAGAUUGAGAAUAGUGAUCUGUGAGAAGAGGUUUAGAGCCUCGAUGAGUUUACGACAGAGAGCAGGCUCGUGUGCCUAAAUGAAAUGAAAAGACCAGAAGUCUCACAAGUCUUUGUCUAGGUUCAUGUGCCUUGUGUGGAGUUGCCUUGAUACAACGGUAGCCUACAAAUACACUACCAAGCAAGCCAUUCCAGAGGUCAGGGGACAGAAAGGGUGACAAACCAAAUGAAGAUGCUCAGAUUGCUUGGCUUAUUGAAUCAAUUUGAAAUACACAGUGAGGAACAAAGAGAAAGUGAUGGGGUAGUUUACUAGUGGAGUAGAAAGAUUACAGUAACUGACUCCUAAAUUAUGUACUGUUCUUAUGGCUUGGCUCUCAUUCUGCCUCACCAGCUUCUCCUAAUAGUGUGGUAACGAAGAGUACCAGAGUUGAAGUUGGAGCCAGGGGACCCAGUGAUGGAAUGUGCUUCAGGCCAGUGAUGCAUAUUUGCUCUCUAGAAGAGGCCCUGGGGCAGGUUUACCUGGUCACAGCUGUACGUUGCCAGUAGCCUGCUGAAUAGUCAUGGGUUCAAUUGUAUUUCUUGGGUGGAGGACUGGCCAGAAUAAGUGUCACCAGAGGGGAAAUGAAUCAAGACCUUACACAUAUUGAAUACUUUGUAGGCGUCAGCAUGUUUAGUGUAUCCUUGGUGCCUUUGUAUUUAUUUUUAGUGCCUCAACAAUAUUAGGAAUGGUCACAUAUCCGUAUUUACUUUGUCUAACAUGUCUCGUAAGUUACUUAUCUAAAUUUAACAGUGAAUUUUGUGUAUAUCAUUUGUUUUCUUCUAUGGCAGAAUAGCAUAUUCCCUCAAAUCAGAAAAUAACAUCCUAAAAAGAGAUCGGCCCUAGGAAAUAAAUAUUCUGUUGAACUUACAUAUUUCUACAAGACUUUCAGUUUUCAGAGAUGAAACUAUUCUGUGCUUCAUCAAUGAAAGAGAAAUUUUCAGAGUUGUAGAGUCAAGGGUUCCGGCAGGUCUGCCACAUUCAGAGCUGUGAUUCUUGGUCCAUGGUCUAAUGCUUGAAUCUCUCUUCUUUUUCUUUCCCAUUUCCAUCCCAGGAAUCAGCUGAGAACUCCAAGUUAGAUUGUCAUUGCUCUAGUCCUUACAGUGGCUUGUUGAUUACACUCCCAUUUGCUUCGAUUCCAAAAUCAGCUGUUGACUUCUCGAGCCUUUCCUAACAAAUCUUUUGGGAACUCUCUCUUGGAGCCUUCUCAUUUGUCACUAAUUCCAUGCUACCCGAGUGCUAGAAUUUUUCCUUUAAUUAUUUCAGAUAGAUCCUGAGUUGCUAUCACUAUUUCUUGUUUAAUUUAAUAUGGAAGCCAAAAUCUCUGAAAAAAAAAAACAACCUCAUACAUUAUAGACUUAAUUAUCACAUAUGUAUAUAUAUCAGGCAUAUCUUUUCUACUAUUGUAAAAGCUUAUGACUGGAAUUUAGAUCUGUGAAGGUUUUAGUGAUCUGCCAUAAUUUCUUGGGGCCUUUGUCUUGCUUGAAAAUGGUACUAGAGAAAGACCUACAGUAAUAGUUGACCCAACUGGUUUCAUUCAACAUGAAAGAAAUUUCAGGAUAACAAAAUUUCCAGGGCGAAGAGAAGCAAAAUUGUCUAUUUAUAACAAAUACUUUGAGAGAAGUUGGAUAAACACAGUGAGGCAGUAUAUUGAAGACGGUAUAUGAAAGUUAUGUUGUUCUCUUCAUGCAAUAAACAUUAACUGAUUCUCUUUAAGUAAUGCUGAGUUGUUCUUUAUCAUAAAACUUGGCAUGAAUUAUGUUAAGUUUCAAAAUAGCAUGGGAGGCCAAAGUCUUGAGAUGACGAACCAACUGAUAAAACUUUAUACAAAUAAGCACUGUGCCUAACAAGCAACAUAGCGUUGUUGACCUGUCUGCUAUCAUGCACAAAUACUGACUUUAUUACACAUUUUUUUCCCCUAAAAUACACUUUGAAAUUAUCUUUUUGUAUUCCAGGAACUGAGAGCUUAGGUUUUAUGUGGCAUUAAGUGAAAAAAAUAUGAAAAUAAAAAAUAUCGAGGUAAAAAAAUGA